AUGUCGUGGAUGCUGCCCUCGAAGAUCUGUGUCUGGCUGGAUUUUGUGCCUUCGAGCUCAGGGAAGAUGCAGGAGCUUUGCUUUGUUGCGACAGUAGGCGUGGAUCUUGGCCGACGACUGGAGGAGGUUAGGAAGCAGCGCUGUACCGCGGUUGCCUGUGGCUCCGAGGAUGGUUAUCUUCCAGGUGUACUCUUUCUCAAACAGAAACGUUUUAAUGAAGCACACUUCUUCAAAUACACUAGCUGUACUACGAGUAGCCAGGAUGAGCGUCACAGGCCAGUAUCCAUCAAGACGACACUCACUACGCACAAGCUCCUCAACCUCCUGCCAGAGAGCUGCAAAAGCCUCCGGCUCCCGAAAGCAUCCGGAAAAGAACAAAAAUGCUCCUUGAACCCAUCGAAAUCCAUCUCAAACCCCCAUUCCUCAUCCGCAGAACCACGACGAGAAGCAUAUGUUCUGGAGGAGCGUGGCCGAACAUGGCCAUUGGAGACGAUACUAGCACUGGGUGGUGAGCCCGCGGAGCUGCAACGAGCGUUUGACGACGGAGUUGAUAUCCAGCGGUCCAUUUGUCCGGUCGACGAGCACGUCGAGAAGCUCCUAAGCGACCCGAGAGAAUUCCGCGCGAGAAUGGGCCAGUUAGACCAGUACUCCAAUUUUCUGGUCUUCUUCAUCCGGCAAAUUGAAGCGAAGGGUUAG